GAAUCGUAUGAAGUGAAAGUCGGAGGUUCCGAGUUGAUUUCACGUUAUCCUUGCUGCGCCGGCAGUGCGCCCCGACACGGCCAUUUGGCUGACUGACUCAUCGAGUUCGAGUGAGUGUGUGUGCGAGUGCGAGCGUUUGGUCGCUUCAAUGGCGACAUGGCCAGUGCGAUGGUGCACAAUCCACGCACUUGGGCCUCCAACAAGAUCAAUGUGCCCGUCGAGCGCAUCCUGGACGAGGCCCAGGGUACCGGUGACCUCAACCUGAGCGGCCGCAGACUCAAGGAAUUCCCUCGCGGCCGCAAAGAGUUCGCUCUGGGGGACACCCUCAACGCAGACUUGUCAAAAAAUCGUUUUUCCGAAGUGCCUGCCGAAAUAUGUCAGUUCAGUUGCCUCGAAAGACUUGAUUUGUAUCACAAUGUGCUGCGCUCCGUUCCAGACAAUAUCCAGUUUUUGCGCUCACUCAUAUAUCUCGACCUCAGCCGAAAUCAAUUGCAAUGGUUGCCACCUGGCAUUUGUCAGCUGGCCAGCCUGCAAGUGCUGUUGCUGUCCAACAACAGGCUGGCACGAUUGCCAUCAGACCUCGGAUGCUUGUCCGAAUUGGCCGAACUAGACGUCGCGGCCAAUCAGUUGACAAUGCUGCCAGCCUCCAUUGGCAAGCUGCACCGACUACGUUUUUUAAACGCUAGAAGAAACCACUUGACACAGCUUCCAGCUGAAGUGGCCGCACUUCGAUUGGAAAAGCUUGACUUGACUGCCAACCAGAUUUCCUCGCUUCCAGUUGAACUGAGAGUAAUGGAUUCUCUGGUGGAACUUAGCUUAGAUCACAAUCCUCUCGUUUCCCCACCGAGCGGCCUCUGCGCUAGAGGAAAGGUUCACAUCUUUAAAUACUUGGAGGGGAUUUCACAAAGAGGGGACGGGCGUAGGAGGCAUGCCGAUACACUGGAUAGUCGCGGGCCUUCUAGACGACGACAAACCCUUCCUGGAAGAGUGUCAAAAACGCCAGAGCCAGAAAUUUUCUAUGGACAUAACGGUACUUCCUCAUCCGCGAACGGCACACUAUUGGCCGCCACUCUGAGCAGUCUUGGUCUGUCAAACGGAUCUUCCGGUCAUUCCACACCUUCAACUCUUUCUCCUGGUGAUAGCGGUUGCCUCCUUGACGAGAACAUUAUGCAGUCAAGUCAGGAGAUGGCCAAGAGGCCAGACAGGCUGGCCGGGUUGGUGGACAACCAACACAACCUCACUCCCAGCCACAAAUCCGUGGUGACGGACGGUGAGGAAAAGAAGGGGCCUUUAGAGCACAUGCAAACCUACAGGGAGUACAAGGAGCAAAUGCGUUUACAAAGGAAGCAGUCGCAGGAAGUGUACAAGAGAGGGCAAGACGCGAGUCCACCUACACCUCCCACCGAGAGCAUAUCUCCAAAGACUGCCGCGAGCAAAGAAACAGGCGAGAAGAAACUCGAUCCAAAGAUGGAGGCUGUCAUUUCUUACGUUAAGUCACAAAUUCCAAACGGUCACAGUCAAGCUGAUAAUAAUAACCACCGAUGGAAGAAGCCUGAAAACGUGAAAAAGUUGUCGCCGACUCGAACUCUCAGUUUCACAAUGAGGAGGGAAAAUGAAAAAGCUAAAGAAGAGGCUAUUUUGCUCGCCCAACUAAAGCAGAACUUAGAGACUCGGUUGAAGAUGUCAUUGCCAGCGCAGGAACUUGGUGACGCCCUUCAAGAUGGCAUUGUCCUCUGCCAUUUGGCCAACCACGUGAGGCCUAGAUCGGUUGCUAGCGUGCACGUGCCAUCUCCUGGCAUGCCAAAACUUCCAAUGGCGAGAUGCAGGAAAAAUGUAGAAAACUUCUUGGAGGCUUGUCGGCGGAUUGGAGUUCCUGAGGCGAGUGUGGACCAACUCUCGCAGGCGCUAGCUCAGUCAGAGUGGCUGCUGGACUGCCGGACCUGUCCCCUUUUGGCCGAGGUGGUGCGUCACCUCCUGCAGGUGGCCGACCAGAAUCACAACAACAAGUACCGAGGCAACGGUCUCGGCCUCAUCUAUGAGGAGGAGCCCGAAGAUUUUGAUCCGGACAAACUGGAUUCGAACAGAGAAGAUGUCGAUAUCGCGGAGGAAGACGAGAUCGCGGCGGACAGGGCUUGCUCCAGUCGGGCGUCGAGCAUUAUCCUGUCAGCCAUCUUUCUCGCUGGCGCUGUGCUGACCUAUUUUCUGCCCAAAGAAGAAUCGCUAUUUUUCUGACCGCGUUUUUUUGUCUUUGGACUCGUUUCUUUUUCCUGAUCUUGCAGUUAUAAUAUGCUAGUCUGAACCACAAAAGACUUAAAACACACACUGGAAGCAGGCAAAGCAGCUUCUGUUUUUUCUUUCAAUCUACCUUGCUUGCAAUCACUCAGAGCCCAGGAGCUUCUCCACAAGUAUUCCGUGAAAAUGCAUUCGAAUUCGAACUUCCAAUUUUUGAGAGGUGAUAUAUACACUAAUUUGCUCAAUCCCCCGUUGAAUGCUGCUGGGCUGGUUGAUGCGAAAUUCCUUCUUCAAUCCUUGUUUGACAGGCUGUCUUGUGAAGAAGCACUGUUAAAGACACGCUUAUCUUCUGUAAACUCGAAACAAACAAGCCUUAACUGCAAGUGCAUAAUUUAUAACAACAACAAAUAUAAUAUACACAGCCAAAAAUUACCAAAUUCAAACUUGGUAACAUUGAAUAAUCACCUGUGUAGCUGCGUAGUAAGUAUUUUGUAUCUGUAUUUUUGAAAUGCCUGAAGCACUGAUCGGCAAUAAUUUUGGACGCGAUCUUUGGAAAUAACAUAAUAUUUUUCAAUGACACAACGUGUAAAAUGGGGUAGGUGAUUAUUUUGUAGCCAGUUACUUAACUUUUCUGCUUAUUCAGCACCUGGUUUGGUUGUUGAUCAAUCAAUACCACGAUAUACGCCAAUAAUAUUAUUAAUGUAUAUUAAUCAAUCACAAAAUACUGCUCGUCUAGUCGCGCCCAAAGGGUCAAAUAGGAAUCAAAGAAAGUUUAGUGGCCAUUUUGUCUAUCCAACAUGAUGAUCGGGUUGAACAUCCAAAGAGAGGCCAUAUUAUUCUAAAUGCCUUUGAAAAUCCUGGUUACAGUAUCACAAAUCAACUAAACUUAUUAUCCACGUGAUUAUUAUUUAGCCUUCUUCGUGUAUCUAUUUUAGAUAAAAAUUAGAGGUGAUCAGGUUAAAAUAUAUCGAUUCCGUUCUAUAAUUUUGCAUUUUGUACAGCACUUGCAUUUAGAGCACAGACCAAAAUUCUCUGAUCUCCUCAAGUUUGAAACGGCUGACUAAUGAAUUUGUGCUGUAAAAAUGAUGUGAAAGACUUAAUUAUUUGGAUUUGUUUGUAUCAGAACUGAUGGAAGCAAACUCCCAGUUUGCAUUUUGCUAGCUGACUCAAUUUUAAUUUGAAUAAUUCGAAUUUAUACUUAAGAUUUAAUUUAUUUGUUUAAGGUAAGCUAAAUCGCUCGGUUUCUGUUAAUGAUAUAUCAAUAAAUAUUCGCAGACUUAUGAAUACA